AGCAGUUUGAAUUUAAUAUUUGGAUUCCAAAUCCAAAGCUCAUGGGUCUAUUCUACUGUUCACAGUCUCUCACACACACACUCUCUCUAUCUAAGCUUCUUUUUUGACUUAAGACCAAAAUGAAUAACCCCAAACCCCAAACUCACAAACAUAAACCCAUAAAAAUCUCUCUUGGCACACAGAAAAGUAAAACACACAAGUUUUCACCACAAACACUUGUCUCUCUGCUAACGUGCGCGCAUCCUCGCCGGUUCUUGACUAAUAUGGGCGCCUUCCGUCGCCGCCGUCGUCGCUUUCUUUUAGCUGCACUCGCCGCAUUUGCUCUCCUCCACCUCUUCUCAGUCUCCGCCGAUGGUGGAUGGAUUGGUCGUCAGAGACCCGGGUCUGGAUUACCGGGUGGGUUCAUGGGGGAUAAUAAGCGGUUUGGAGGUCCGGGUUCAUCACCACCGACGUGUAGAGCGAAGUGUAAGGGAUGUCAGCCGUGUAAACCGGUUCACGUACCGAUUCAACCCGGUUUGAGCAUGCCUUUGGAGUAUUACCCUGAAGCUUGGCGGUGCAAGUGUGGCAGCAAGCUUUUCAUGCCCUAAUUAAGUUUGAUCAAUUAGUAUUAAACAAUUCAGAAGGAGGAAACAAGAAAAAAAAAACAUCCUUUUAAUUCUUUUUUUUUUAUUUUUGUUUAGUUCCUCAUUUCUUGUGCUUGUCUGAUUAAUUAUGUAAUGAAAAACUAUAUGUUAAUAUUUUUUUUAAAAAAAAAUUGGUCAUGUGGA